CCGGCUCCGGCUUUCGUAGCCGAGCCACUCCGACCAAACACCACGUGGCACGCGUCCGAGUUGCACGUGCAUUCGCGGAGCUGCGAGAGCCCGGUGCGCGCGCGAGAACGGGCGCUUGCGAGAGAGCUUGCGAGAGAGCUUUCGAGAGAGCUUGCAAAGGGGGUCGAAACGACGGUGUUGUCGCCGGCGGAGAUAGCGAGGAACGUGUCUCUCUCUUCACCGUGAAGGAUUCCCGUUUCCUUUUCGCGCGAUCUCCUUGAACAGCUUUCUUCUGUAACGCGUUCUUUCGACUACUCCCUUCCCUCUUCAUCCUCUCAUUGCUCUCUUUCUCUUCUCUCUCUUUUGUUCUCCUUUGAUUGCUCUUUGUACCUUUGACGCGUUUUAUAUAAAUGAUCGAGGCGUUGUCAUAUUGUACUAUUGUGAAAAAUUUGACGUGAAAGAUUUAAUUGUGCUUCGAGAAGCCUGCUGAGAUUGACGUCUUUUCUUCUUCGCCGAUAAUUAAGAAUUAUUCGCAAAGACGAAGAUUUCAACAAGUCACGGACAAGGCGAUAAAAUGACUAUGGAUGGGAGCAAGAGCGAACCGGGCAAGAACGGGGCCACUCAACAGGAAUGCGCGGGUUGCGGAAAGGCGAUUACGGAGAGAUAUCUACUGAAAGCAUUGGACAUGUAUUGGCACGAAGACUGCCUGAAAUGUGGAUGUUGCGACUGCAGGCUUGGCGAGGUCGGUUCGACGCUCUACACCAAGGCUAAUCUCAUCCUCUGCAAAAGAGAUUAUCUACGACUCUUCGGAAAUACCGGUCACUGCGCAGCGUGCAGCAAAGUUAUCCCAGCUUUCGAGAUGGUGAUGCGCGCGAGGACCAACGUUUAUCACUUGGAGUGCUUCGCUUGUCAACAGUGCAAUCACAGAUUUUGCGUGGGCGACAGAUUUUAUCUCUGUGAUAACAAGAUCCUCUGCGAGUACGAUUACGAGGAGAGACUGGUUUUCGCCAAUAUGGCUCUACAUCCCCCGCCUAGCGCGACCCUGGCACACAUCAAGAGACAGGUGACUCAUCUUGCGCCGCAGAACGUAGCGGGCGGACCUCAGCGACAGGCGAACGGGGAAGCGGCGGCCCAUAACCACAACGGAUAUCCAGCGCCAGCCAGCACGAGCGCCCAUAACGUCCUGAACCCCAUGAAUAAUUUAAACGGUAUCAAUGCGCAAGCAUCGUACGAUGCCAAAUGACAAACGAAGUAAGCGCCGAUAUAUCGAUUGAGUCGCGCGCGAGGGGCUCGACUCGUGUGUCGUUCUCAUUGUCUUCGUGGUUUAACCGCGCUGAUCGUCCUAACUUUAGCACGCGACUCACGGCAGAUCUGCCGCAUAAUCGACUAGCCCUUAACUAUCGAGAGGAGGAAAGGUAUCGUCAAGUUAUCGCGAGCGAAAAAAAAGGUGUUAUAGAUAUGUAUUAUAUUAUAUAAUCGCAUUAAAAAAAAAUAAAAAAAAAUAAACGGUCCGCUAAGUGCGUCGCGAUCGGAGAUCGAUCGGGCGAACUUGAAGUUUAUGUAAAUAGAAGACAACCGUAAAAACUGUAUGCUAGGGUUGCAGACGAGGCGAAUAAGCGGCGUAGGAGAAUUGAGUUUUACAACUGAUAAAACGAUUAACGAAAACGGAAUUGUGACACCGUUCCGUCUUUGAAAUUGACGUUUUCCGAUAAAUCACACGAUCGACAUCGCUGCUAUCUCUCCUGUGCUAUCUUAGACGUCGUUUGGCGAAUGCGUAUUUCCCGCGGGCGAAUUAUUAUUCCGUCUUCUCGAAUAAAUUCACUCUAAUAUAAGAUAGAACGUGAGGGAAGAAUAUAUAAAUCCAAAAUGCGACUUUCGUUCUUGCAUUUAAUUAGACUCGUGUAUCCGAAUUCGUCUUCCCCACGCUCGACUGGCUAGACGAUAAAUAAGUAGGUAGACAGUUAAAUAGAUAAGUAGGUAGAUAGAUAGCUAACGGAACGUAUAUUGGCCAACUACGGCGAACUAUUGGUGCUCUUUAGAUUAUAAUUGAUCGAGUUUACAUGAUUGAAAUCAGGCUGCUAAAGAAAAAGAUCAGAUCGAGAAAGAAAGCCAAAAUAAGACUUGCGGAAAUGGAAUUUACGGGCUAGAGAUUUCCGUCGCGAUCCUCUCCGGAUUUAUCCGCCUUCAUCCUAUGGCAAACGCACAUCUAUCGACUUCCGCGGUGUCGGUGCAAAGAUAUCUUCGUCAGCCGGCGGCGUGUCAUGAACCGAAACCCGAAACUUCGGGACGGUGAAUAAAGUUUGGGGUGGCGCAUUUAACGUUCGCCACGCCGAGGGGGGUGCAGUCUCUCGGUGAGGAGAUACACGGGAUAAACCCUCUCUCGGAGGGACCUGCUCUCGCCGGACGGACAUCGAGAAUGAGAUCGAAUCGACGGGCUUUGAGAAAGCGACGCGCGGUACUGCAGCGGUAGCGGCAACCGCUCGCCAGCUCGCCACCCCAUGGGGCUCAUACGUUAGGGGUGACUUAAGCAUUGUUUCAACUUCGAAUCUCCCGGCAGAGGCCCAGAUUGAUGUCGCGAACUUUUCCGCUGCCUUAUUUGCGAGUCAGAUAACGAGACUGAGUUAUGCCCAAAGUUCUCUCUUGAUCUUUCUCUGUCUUUCUCCGGCCCGGUCCGUGCUGAUCGUAUCGGAUCACAAGGAAUACCCACAGUCGAGAAGGAUGUUUUAUUUCCUCCCUCUUCGGGGAUUCGUCGUUGAUGCCGAAAGCACCUACGUAAAACGGUAAUAGGCUAGCACCUGCGUCGAGAGAAACUGCUAAAGAUUAAUCCUUAAGAGACGCGAUUUUCGCGGUUUCCACUCCGGCCGCAAAUAAGAAAAAUGAUCUUUGUUGCUUGCGAUUGGCGAAAGGAGGCAAUAAUUAUUGUUGAUCAUUGACGGCUAGAGAGUUUAAGAAACCAAUAUUUAUAGCCGUAACUCCGCGAAACUAAAUGGAGUUGACUAAUGAGUUCAUUGUUAACAAAUUGCGUUAACAAAUAUUUUUUUAUAUUGCAUUAUUUUCUUAUGUUAUGUGAUAACAUGCGAUUUUUUAUAUGCGAAUGUAGCUGUAUAAGUAGCUUAGUUCUGUAAUUUCUUACACCAUGUAAUACCCUCUGCAUAGUUUUAAAAUUCUGUUUGGAGAUUUGUCAAGAGAAUCCGUGUACGUAUAAAUAAUAAAUGACCGCAUCUUUUGGAUUACUUACUGAAUAAUCCUUAAAGGAUCAUCAUCGGUAUUCUACACUCGACGAUUUCUAUUUUCAUUUCUAAGAAAAUUUCUUGAAACUUUGAAAAUAAUUAAAUUACACGGGUUAUUGAAUUACAUUAUAAUUACAUUUAUUUCUUUUGAAAAUAAAAUACGGACAUUUGUUCUACAAACUUAAAAGAAUGUUUGUAAAUUUUAAAAUUUUUUUAACCAUUUUAAAUAGAUAGAAAAAGUGGUCGAAACUGAGAGGGCCAUGAUGGUACCUUUUUUUUAUAUGAUAUCUUAAGGAAUAAUACUACAUAUAUUAUAAUAACGAGUGCCAAUUUGUCGGCGCACUUCGACUUUUCUUCGCAAAAAUAAAAGCAUCAUACAAACACGCAUUUACUUCAAUUUACCGAAAUUAAUUCGGAAAUCAUCUCGAAUUGACAGGACGACAAGAGAGAACUGUAUGCCGACUUGCACUUUAUAUUUUGAUACUACCGAGCACACAGGAGACUAUCCACACAAGUUGCAUUCAGCGCGUUAAAGUCGCCCGACCGAACUAGACGCGAUUCCCUUCGGCAUUCACACGUGUUUCAGCGCGAUAAAUAAUUCUCCCGCAAAAUAUGUGGCGAUUUCAGUAUAAAACCGGCAUAGUUCCUAAACGCGAAGGGUCUUCGACGAGGCGACUGCGAUCGCUAAAGACACAUUUGUACCGUACUAUGCGACUGUCGAAUGAAAACGUUUAACAAAGCACAGCCAGUGCGCGAGCAUCGGAGCCCUUUUGUACAUUGUAUCCUACGGCAUCGCUUACAAAAUCCCCCGCGUAAAUCCUGGCCGGCGCUAUUCAGUACUGCAUCACGCUUGGAUCACGAUGUACGAAAGAACCGAGGUCAUUAAUUAAGGAAGUGUGUACGUUCGCUAGUAUGUAGAUACGUUUUGUAUUUAUAGUUCUAUCAUAGAGGUAUUAAUAAAUUUGUUUCGAUGUUAUGCAAAA